AUGGAGAGUCAAUCAUGGUUUUUGUGUUUAAUCCUUAGCUUUGGCUUGGUUGUACUGUCAGACGCGCAAAGACCGCCUUAUAUUCCACCGCCUGAAUUUGGGAGAAAAAGGAACGCUGAGGACAUACUUCAGGUAAAUAGACUUUUUGACUUAGGAACGUUGAGUGUUUUUUCCAUAAGCCUUUAAAUUUUCUGAUUACACUGAGUCAUAUGAAUUAAAACCAUACCUUGCAAAAAAAAAAGGCUUUUUGUUAUAAGGACCUACUUUUGUAUGUCUCAUUUCUCCGUUACGGAUGUCAUUUUGAAAGCAAUCUGGUAUAUUUUCUUUGUUCAGUAACACAGCUUGUCGCUGGGUAAAGAUCAUGAGGCAAAAAACUUAGUGGCUUGUUGUGUUAGUGUGCAACACUAUUAAAAAAAAUCAUAACUUUUUUUCAAGGAAAACGUACUCAGUGCAGAUGAAGAUAGACCCUCGUAUAUUCCACCGGUUGAAUUUGGAAGAAAGCGAGAAAUUAACCGUCGACUAUUGGUAAGUCCUUUCAGACUUCACCCGUAUUUAAUUUGCGUCAGUUCCAUUCUCAGUAUCGCUUUUGCCAAGAGUUGGACUUUUGAACUGGCACUAAACGAAAUGUUUAACGAACCAAGAAAAUGAAAGAAGAAAUGCCCCGGUCAAAUUAUUAGUAUUCAAUCUUUUUUAAUUUUUUAAUCAUAUCUCUAUUCUCUUCUUAUUCUUUAAUUUCUGUAAUAGUUAUUUAACUGUUUGCGGGCAAAAAGAACUCCGGUAUUUGUAUUCAAAUCGAUCGAUGGCAGAUUCGAGCGUAACAUUAUUGACGUCAUACAUUUGUCCUGCGAGGUCAUCACCUUAACUUGGGACAAGGCUAAACAGGAAAAAUUGACCAACGGGCGGACGGAAGGAACCGAGCGAGAGACU